AUGAGGAUAUCAACAGUUGACACUGGAACGGUGGGUCAAUUGUGCGAAAAGGAGGGACAUUCGGCGAAGGAAUGUAGAAGUACCUGGCGAAGUCAGAGAAAAUCAGAGCAAAAUAUCGAAAGGAAGUGCUUUUCUUGCGGCCAAAUGGGACAUUUUGCGAGGGAAUGCCGGAAUAGCAGGAAAAUGGAACAACGGACACAGGGAUCGUGUUAUAACUGCAACCAGCAGGGACAUUGGGCAAGGGAAUGCACCAAGGAAAAUUCAUUUAAACGAAAAGAACAGAGGCAGAAUUUCGGAAAUGGGUCAUGGAGGAGAGAGGAAGUAAGUACACCUGGUGGGCGACGUAUGGACGGGGAUAGGGAUACAAGGUAUUCCAGCAAUAGGGAAACACUUGAAUUAUCAGGAAUUAACAUUUCUACCGGCGAGAUUCCGAAGCAAUCGCGAUCGCCGUCUAGUUUUCGAUUGGAAAAUUCAAAGGAGGAUGGGCAAAAUCCAGUUUUAGGUACAGGUCGACGGACAUGUAAAGAAACUGUAUCAGGUCGAGGAAAAUAUACGGAAGGGUAUUAA